AUGGUGAAUUGUGCAGUAUAUUUGUGUAAAAGAAGGUCGACAUCAUCCAAUUUACGAGAACACAGUGUCUCUUACCACUUGUUUCCUAAAGACCCCGUUUUAAAAGAAGUAUGGCGAAAAUUUUGUAACAGGAAAAACAAAUGGUUUCCCAAGAGAACAAGUGUUGUAUGCUCUGACCAUUUUUCUCCAUCCUGUUUUCAAGUACUUAAUACUAACAAAAGAAGAAUUCUUUUUGAAGGUGUUAUACCAACUGUACGUUCAGGUUAUUGCUCGCGAAAUAAUCAACAACAAAAGGAGAAAACAGUUUUAUCUCCGUCAAAGUGCAAAAAUGUAAAUUACGAACAGCCACUUUCUGAAUUUAUGGAGACAUCGACAGUGACAAAAAUUAAAGAUAAAUUGAGAAAUAAAAGUAAAAACGUUAAACGACUUCAAACAAGAAAUCGGUUCUCAAAACAUAACAUGGACGGCUUAAAUGAAUUAGUAAUCACUUUAAGUACAAAAUCGUUAUCAGGCAAAAAAGGAAGGGAUGUUGUAGAUGAAAGUUGCGCAUCGAAAAAUUCGCUUGAAAGGUCUAAUAGAAUGAGCAUCAAGCAAGAUGAGACUGUGGUUUCGAACGAGUUUGGAUUACCGGAAUGUCGAACGUGUCUUCAACCUCUCGAUGCUAACUCUGUUUUGGUUGAUUUAUUUCAAUGUUGGGUGCCACCUUGGGAUGGAAUGGAGUCAACUAUAGCUGAGGAUUUGGCAAAACUGGCGAAUAUCCAGAUCACACAGUCAGAUAGAUAUUCUAAAGUCAUAUGUGAGCCAUGCUGCCUAAAGCUACAGAGUGCAUGUGAUUUUGCCUGUAGUGUUCGAAAAAAAGAUAGGUUACUUAGACAAAGAUUUCCCACUACUCCUGAGAAAAUGGAAAAUUGUAACAAGACAGUGUGGCCUAAACCUAUUCAGUUAGACAAAAACAUUAAUGGCUCUGUUUAUGGAAAUGUUAUGGAUGUAGAAAUUAAGCAGGAGGUGCUAUCUGAGGAUGAGUAUAUAAGUCAUAAUGCUCUGGAAGAAUGUAGAGAGGCUGAAUUAGCAAAUCUUGAAAUUAAAAUAGAACCUGAAGAGAUAAUACAACAGCAGCCAAUGCAGAUAGAGGAACAUGUGAAGACCAUAACUGAACAAACACAGUCUUAUAAUACAAUUUUAAAUGGUCAUUUACAUGAUUCAAAGGACAAUGUUAUUGGAUUAACAAAUGGCAUUGAUAGUAAAACAGAUAUCCCCAAAGUAAAAGAAGAGCCUGUAAGUGAUGAAGAUGAUGGAGAGACAAUACCCACCGACCUCUCUUUGGAGUGUAUGUUAUGUUCCAAGGAAUUUAACAGCGUAUCUGGUUUAAAGGCGCAUGUAAUCGCUCAACAUUCCUAUAAAACUGUAAGAAGAAAGACUGAUAAAAAUUCCCCAGAGCAGAGGCUAAAAAAUCACGGUUUCAUUUGUGGAACAUGUCAAAGGAAAUUCAAAACAUCGACAGACCUAAUGGUGCAUGAGACGUGUCACAACAAGAGUGUCUGCUAUGCCUGUUCUGCUAAGUUUGAUACAUUCGAACAGCUCACAAGACAUAGCCGACGAUGUAAAGCCAUAGUCAACAAGGAAGUGCUCAAGCCAAAAACUUUGGAGGAUGUGAAGAGGCCUAUAUUCCAAGACCUAUUAAGAGUUAUUAGUACUGAAAAAAAACCAACGAAAAAGAUGUUAAAAUGUUCAAAAUGCAAUGAAAAAUUCAGUGAUGAAUAUUAUAUGAAAAUCCAUGAAGAAAUUCAUCAUUCGGUAAAUAGUCAAACGGUGAAGAAUAAGGGAGGAGCAAUAAGUGAUAUCAAAACUACGACCAAUAACCGAAAGAGUAUAUUUGGUAGAAGUAAUUUGCCGUAA